AUGAUAGAAAUUCCCGAUUUAGAUGAGCUGUCUCCUUAUCAAUACGCGCUAGAUCAGUCCCAGCUGCAAAGAUCACAACCACAACAAUCACAACACAUCCGUCACAUUAGUGAUAUUACUGGUGAUUAUCGUAUGAAUACAGCAGGAAAAUCAGAAGAUAGCGUGACAUCAGGGGAUAAGAAUCCUGAUUUGCAUGAAUCGCUGACGGGUGAAAUAGCGUAUCAAGAAAAUCAAUAUUCAGAAGACCCACAAAUCCAAGACGUACACAGCCAACAAUUUAGACAAUUUCAAUACCCAAACGAGACAUAUAAGACGAAUGAUAUAAAUUUGCCUGCUCCACAAGGGCCGAAUGUAAUUGCUUCAAGUAUCGAUAAUCUUUCAUAUGGAGCAGGCUUGGAUUCGUUAGCAUCAUUAGCAUUGUCCGAGGAAUCGAACGAUGCCACUGCGCAAAUCAUAGAAUACAAUACUGCACAACCUUUGUUCAUGAACCAAAUUAACAUGGCAAAUGCACCUACCGGUGAUGCACCAAGAGUUCAUGUUGUUGAACAACAUGGUCCUGGCCAAGAAACUUUCAAAUUACAAGAUCCUCCGAUAAUUCAUGAUAAAUACACGCUGCAGAGUAAAGAAAAUGACCAACAAAAUGAUGAAUUAGGUGAGUUAAAAUAUAUUAAAAAGGAAGAUGCAAGCAAUUCUAACUUAUCGCUUUCCCAACAAUUAGCAUCUCCCAUGUCACAAUUCCCAAUUCACGACUAUACGAAAGAGUCACCACAACUUCCACCACCAAUGUCGACCAUUACCAAUAAAAGACUAACAAUGUCAAAUGGUGAAGAAUUCAGUUAUAUGCGGAAAGAAUUAGCAACCUACCUGAAAACGCCAGCAGAAUAUACAUUGCAUAUAGUUUUCACACAAUUCGUUCGUCAUGCUGAGCGAAAAUUGAAUUUAUGCCUCGAUUAUCCUUUGAUGGAGGAGCCACCAGUAGUUGAAAUAAUGGCAGAAGGAGUUGAUCCUCAGUUUGAUAAGGUUGUGGCUUCCUUAGGUUAUAUUGCAAGGAGGAAACCCAAACCUGUAAUAGAUAGUGUAAUGUUUUGGAGGAAAUCAAAAAGUGAAGUUGCUUAUAUGGCAGCUUCGGAGGUAGAAAAAAUUUUAUCUAAUGCAAAAUCAAAUUUAUCGAAAACCUCACAUAAUGAUAAUAUUUCUGCAUCCAACCCCGUUAUCAGUAAGAGUUCAAACACUGGAAAUAAGGCUAAAAGAAGUUUGAGCUUAAUGAGGACUAAAAGUAUAUCUAAAAUGACCGGGCAUUCUCGUAAUCAAUCCGCUUCAUCUACAAUGUCUAACCAAACAACUUUGCAAUCUCCUAAUCUUACGCAGAUGAAGCUGCUGGAUUCUGUGUCUAUCAGACAAAGAAAUUUAUACGAUGAUCAAAUAACACAAGCAAGAGAAACUGCUAUUCAGGCUGACCGUAAAUCAUUAGCGCUGAUUUAUAUUUUAUGCCGGGUGUUGAUUGAAGUUGUUAAACAGGCAUCUCCUGAAGUUAUGGGCAAUGAUCUUGGCGAUAAAUUAGAAGAGAUUGUCUUUACGCAAUUGAAAACAACUGACCCAACCAGUAAAAGCGAGUCUUUAGUUAGGUCUUCAAAUUGGAAUUUAUUCGCUGAAUUACUAGGUUUUAUGUCAGAAAAAAGAUUUCUAAGUGUGAGUGACAGAUUUAUCGCAAAUUUAGAGAGAAUACCACCAAAAAUUAAGCAUGAAGAUGAACCCAAGUUAUAUUUAUUGAUUCAGGGAAUGAGUUAUUUGAAGUUAACUAAUUAUCCUUUAGAAACAUUUGAAGAGAGUGCCGAAUUUAUACAGUCAUUGGCUAAGUUUUUUGAGAAAUCGAAUAAUGAAUCCAUUAUUUUUGCAUACUGCGAAGUUUUAAGUAAUUUGCUUUUACCUUUAGCGAGUAUAUUAACAGCUGAAACCAAUCAUCCAACUUGGGUGGAAGCAAUCGAAAAAAUAUAUAACAAAGCUAGUUUCACAUGGAAGAAUUUGAACAAGCCAAUCAAUUCUACUAUAAAGGUUAACAAACUUAAAGCUAACGGCUCGCAUAAUGUUAUUAAUUUCGAUAGUAGUUGGGCUUAUUCUAUACAUUUGAUGACCUCAGCCUUAUCAGUAUCUCGGAAGGAACUAUUUUCUGAUACUUGGUUUGACAUCAUUGAAAAUAACAUGUUCAAAUUAAAGCCAAAAGUUGAAACAGAUGACAAAUCGACCUUUAUUGUUUGUGUUGCUAGGUUAGUCUGGGUAUACAUUUAUCGUUUAAAUGAUACAUUGAAUAAUACUAUUAAGAAGCUUGAUAACCUAUUCAAUUUGCUAUUUUUUAGCAGCAAUGCUACCAGCAAAAAACAGCAGUGGUUAAUAGCUGAACCUAACUUAAUAAAUGCUUUAGUCGAAUUUAUUAGGAUUGUUGGUUUUCAGCACUUGAAUUAUGUGUUGGAUAAUGUAUUAACAAAAUUGUUAAGACUUAGCUUUAAUGGAGUUUCCUUAGAAAAUUCAUCUCCGGAGAAGAUUAUAUUGGUGGUAAAAAGUUAUUUAACGAUUUUGGAGGAUUAUGAACUUGGAGAUAAGCCGUGCUUUCCUACAGAUGAUGUUUUUAACUCGUUAUCGGUUAAUCAAAGCUAUAGUUCUUCGUCUAGUCAAAAGUCUGUCAAAGACAUGCGUAAUAAAAGAUUCAAAUCUAAUGAAAUCAUGCUUAUUGCAAAAAAUUCAACUAAUGCCUUUUCGCACGAAGAAAUAUGCCGAAACUUUGCGGUACUCUUAAAACAAUUGGACUCUCAAUAUGGUUGUGAUAUUUGGUCGUCGGAUAGUAGUUCGCUGUCGACACCAUUAUCAACUUCAAAAUCACAGGCUGCAUUUUCUGCAUUCCAUUUUGGGAUUGACUUUUCUUACCAACCUACCAAGGACAUACAUAUGCAAUUAUUUGCAGCACUAAUUGAGGCUAUACCAUGGACGCUAGUCCCAUUUAAUGGAGAAAAAUCUUCGACAGUCGGCUUACCAUUAAAAAUGUGGUAG